UAAGCCCCGAUCACGUGACCGGGACAGCUGUGAGGAGAGCUGUGUCAUCUUCUCCAUCCCGCAGAGCAGCGCGGAUGAAACACCGGUCACACUCAGAGCAGCAUUCGGGGAAAAGGCCCCGUGUUCCCGCCGCGGCAGCCUCCACCUCCACCUCGCCUCAAGACAGUAUGGAGGACAAAACACCGUCCAAACCGCGGGAACUCACCCAAAACCCCCUGAAGAAGAUAUGGAUGCCGUGUAAAAAUGGCCUUCCUGAAAAACACAUUUCUCAAAGAAAGGUAUGUAUGACCAACUGCCCCACGCUGAUAGUGACGGUGGGGCUUCCUGCCAGGGGGAAGACCUACAUCUCCAAGAAGCUGACCCGCUAUCUCAACUGGAUCGGAGUUCCCACCAGAGAGUUCAAUGUGGGGCAGUACAGGAGAGACUUUGUGAAGAUCUACAAGUCCUUUGAGUUCUUCCGUCCAGACAACGAGGAGGGGUUAAAGAUCAGACGACAGUGUGCCUCAGCAGCGUUGAACGAUGUGCGGCAGUAUCUCACAGAAGAAGGAGGCCAAGUGGCGGUUUUUGAUGCAACAAACACCACCAGAGAAAGAAGGGAAACCAUCAUCCAGUUUGCAGAGCAGAACGGGUUUAAGGUGUUCUUUGUGGAGUCUGUAUGUGAAGACCCAGAUGUCAUACAGGAGAACAUAGUGCAAGUGAAGCUAAGUAGCCCGGACUACACCAACUGUAACACGGAGGAAGCAGUCGAGGAUUUCCUGAAGAGGAUCAAGUGUUAUGAAAACUCCUACGAGACGCUGGAUGAAGUCCUGGACAGGAACCUCUCCUACAUUAAAAUCAUGGACGUGGGUCAGCGGUACAUGGUGAACCGAGUGUUGGACCACAUCCAGAGCCGGAUCGUCUACUACCUCAUGAACAUCCACAUCACGCCGCGCUCCAUCUACCUGUGCCGCCACGGGGAGAGCGAGCUCAACGUCAACGGGCGAAUCGGAGGAGACUCGGGCCUCACACCGAGAGGGAAAGCAUUUGGGAAGAAGCUGAGCCAGUUCCUGGAGACGCAGGGCAUCAGCGACCUGAAGGUGUGGACCAGUCAGAUGAAGCGGACCAUCCAGACGGCCGAGGCUCUCAACGUGCCCUACGAGCAGUGGAAGGUCCUGAACGAGAUCGACGCAGGCGUGUGUGAGGAGAUGAUGUACGAGGAGAUCCAGGAUCACUAUCCCUCAGAGUUUGCUCUGAGGGACCAGGACAAAUACCGCUAUCGGUACCCCAAAGGAGAGUCGUACGAGGACCUGGUGCAGCGGCUGGAGCCGGUCAUCAUGGAGCUGGAGCGGCAGGAGAACGUUCUGGUGAUCUGUCACCAGGCCGUCAUGCGCUGCCUGCUGGCCUACUUCCUGGACAAGACGGCAGAGGAGCUGCCCUACCUGAAGUGCCCGCUGCACACCGUGCUGAAGCUGACGCCCGUGGCCUACGGCUGUAAGGUGGAGUCCAUCAGCUUAAACGUGGAAUCAGUCAACACACACAGAGAACGACCAGAGAAUGUGAACAUCCAUCGUUCGACUCAAGACGCCCUGCUCACCGUCCCCCCUCACCUCUGACAGAGAGAACUCCCCUCACCUCUGACAGAGAGACCCCUCCCUGCCUCUCUGUGGACUGGUGGUCGUUUCACUUCUCCAUCGUUCAAAACCUGCCCUUAUUGAUGACCGUCAGUGAUGUGCCGACUACUCCUUCAACCCCACUGCCACACACGCACACACACACACACACACAGUAACCCUUAUAUCCUUCUUUUUUUAUUUGAGGGAGCUUAACUUGAACAUAUCUUGUGUUUGAGCCUCAGUGUUUUUAUUUGCAAGCUACAAAGUCUGGCACUUUAUUUACGUUACGUUAUUUAUCAAUCACAGAUUCUUUGUUGCUAUAUUCAGGAAUUCAAUCUGAAGGGUGAAGUAUUAAUCAUGUUGUUUUAGCUAAUGAUCUUUCAGCUACACAUGAUGCAACCUUGUUUAAUGUGACGUAUCUUCAGUUGUAACGUGCAAUUUAAAGGUAAGCCUUAAAGAAUCGAUACAAAGCUUUCGAUUAUGUCGUGACUUAAUGAAGAAAUUAAUGGUGAUUCUCACUGUUGUUAAAAACAAACGUAACAUUUUAUACAGGUGGGUUAAUUCUAUUUAAAUGAAAUGAUAUGGUAUGGAAAAUGCAAUAUUAGCUCAGAGCUUUAUAUCUCAUCUUUGUCUUUAUGGGUUUAACUAUUAGGGUUGCACUGAUGAUCAUUUCAAUUGCUAUUAAUCUGCCUGUACUUUACGCAACAACGUUUUAUUUGUCCUACCGACUGUCUAGGAAUAUAAGUAUUCAGUGUGCAAUAAUAAAUAAUAGACAGAUUCACAAUUGA